CCUUCUCUGCAUCGAAGGAUCAGGAAGUUUGUGCUCUCUGCGUGGCUGAGAAGUUUGUUACCUACUAGGCCGAGGGGGGGGGGAGGGGGGAGGGACGUGGGGGAACCAGGUGUCCCCCCCUAAAAUAGAGCGCAAGCCGCUACCUGUGUCCGGCCGUAACCCAGGAGUAACGUCAGUUACAACGUUAAAGACAUUGUGCUAGUUGCUAUGGAGACUAUAAAAACCCAAGAAGACAGUAUCCCUACCUUCAAGAAGUUUACAGUUGAGAGACAGCCAUACCAAAAGAAAGACUAUAAUAAAUACUUUAAAGGAUAAACAGGUGAGAAUGACCACUUUAACUCACCGAGCCCGUCGUACUGAAGUAGGCAAGAGCUCUGAAAAGAAGGUGGAAUGUGAAGAAGACACUAAUGAAGACAGGGGUCCAGAUAAUGAAGACUCUGGUGACUCUAAAGAUAUUCGCCUCACCCUUAUGGAAGAAGUAUUGCUCCUGGGACUAAAAGAUAAAGAGGGUUACACAUCUUUCUGGAAUGACUGUAUAUCAUCUGGCCUGCGAGGGGGCAUCCUGAUAGAAUUGGCCAUGCGGGGUCGAAUCUGUCUGGAACCCCCUACCAUGCGUAAGAAGCGACUACUGGACAGAAAGGUACUGCUAAAGUCAGAUAGCCCAACAGGGGAUGUUUUACUGGAUGAAACUCUCAAACACAUCAAAGCAACUGAACCCACAGAAACCGUCCAGACAUGGAUAGAACUACUCACAGUCUUCUGUUUUUUUUUUCCCAAAGGUGAGACUUGGAACCCCUUCAAAUUACAGUACCAGCUGAGAAAUGUAAGAGAGCGAAUUGCAAAGAAUCUAGUAGAGAAGGGUAUUCUAACCACUGAGAAGCAGAAUUUCCUCCUAUUUGACAUGACUACUCAUCCAGUGACCAAUACAACAGAGAAACAGCGACUAGUGAAAAAACUUCAAGAUAGUGUCCUAGAGCGGUGGGUAAAUGACCCUCAACGUAUGGACAAGCGAACACUAGCACUCCUGGUGCUAGCCCACUCCUCUGAUGUACUAGAGAAUGUCUUCUCCUCUCUGGCGGAUGACAAGUAUGAUGUGGCAAUGAAUCGAGCCAAGGACCUAGUAGAACUGGACCCUGAAGUGGAGGGGACAAAGCACAGUGCCACAGAGAUGAUCUGGGCUGUGCUGGCAGCCUUCAAUAAAUCCUAAAACCAGUGGGUGGGUUUCUCCUUUUUCCUCUGCUGGCUGAUGACUAUCAGAGACACCACACUGAGUUUUGUGUGAUGAGAUGUUUUUCAUCAUUUUUUUCCUUCUCUUGAAUCAGAUUUGUGAUUUGGGGAAAGCAACUUUAGGGCUUCUCCAUAAAUUUUGGCCAUUGUAAGCAGAUUUUAUUUCUCCUUGUUUUUCCACUACAGAGGUGAAUAAACUAUUUGAACCCACACACACACCAUAAUAAUUUUCUCUCAUUUCUUGGUUUACUUCCAUCCAGUGUGCUUUUGAAUAAGCAGGAAUAUCUAAGUGGGAUUUGGAGUUCUCCAGUCACAAAAUGUGAGUGAGAUAUAGAGCAAACCAUUUAUUAAAUUUUUUAAAAUUUGUAUCUUUUUUUGUUUUAAGUAGGCUCCACACCCAAUGUGGGACUUGAACUCCUGACCCUGAAAUUAAGAGUCAUGUACUCUCCCAAUUGAGCCAGCCAGGGGCCCCUGUUUUCUAUCUUAAAUACAUGUUUUCACAGUCUUUGUCUCUCACACUCUACUAAGUAAUGCAGUUAUUGAAAUAACUGUCUCUGAAUAAGGGGCAGUGGAAACAAAACUCAUUUUUGGAGCAGAUGGCCUCUGGAACUGUAUGUCCCACUAAUGAUUUUUUCAUUUUUCCUUUUCUAACCUAAUGAGAAUAUUGCAAAUUUGAUUACCUGGCUCUCACAGCUCUAAAAUCAGAAAUAUAUUCUAUACUCUCUCUUAGCAUUAUCCUACUCCCUCAUUCAUUAGGACAAAAAUCUGAAUGAGAAAUAUGUAUCUCUCAACCACAUCCUUCAUGCAGUCAGCAUUAUAAUUUAUAAGAGAGGGAGGUAGCAUGAGAAUUUCUACCCAUUAGCACAUGACUCCUCAUUCCUCCAGAUUAUAUGUCUCCUCUCUGAUUGAAUUGAGGGAGUUAGAAAUUUCAGUUGCUGAAUAGCAUCCUGAGUCCAGAUCUUCUUGUUCCCUAUUUUUGACUUCCUUCAUAAAUUUAUAGAUUCUGUCUAUAUUUAAGGGUUCUAGAAAUAUUUUUGUCUAUAUUUAAGCCACAGAUACUCUCCUAGUCAUUAAUCUUUCAACACAGCCAUCUAUCUACCCAAAUCUCUAAAAAGUUUCAAUUUCUUUCAAUUCAGUAGUGAGUGCAAAGAGAAGAUUAAGACUAAACCUAUUUAGAAGGACAAUUUGGUGUCAAAAGUAUGCUAAUAUAAAGUCUGGUGUUUGGGAAUAUAAAGAAGACAGGCACCAAAUUGUGCUAAGGUCAAGCAUUUAUGAUGCUAGCAUUUUUUAAUGGAUCAUGCUUCUUGACCAUUACAGAAAAACAGACUGUCAAAGGGCUAAUACAGACAACCCAGACCUGAUAACAGAUCUUCAGUAAUUAAAUGAAUGAUUAUAACUUUCAUCUCCACCCCCAAACCUGUCUAGCCCCAUAAAAUUUCCCAACUCAAUGAACUCAAUUAAGUUUCACUCCAGGUAUUGCUUACGUGACUAGAGAUAAAUUUUAGUAUGAAGUGAAUUCGAAAUGUGAGCCUGAGUGGAGUUUCACUCUGACUCUCUGAAAGUACAAAAACCAGUCCACGUGUUGUCUCUACCUGACUUAGUUUUCCUUUCCAUUUGAACAAUUCAGCAUGAAUUGAAACCAGGUUUUCCUGUGGAAAGUAUGUUUGAUUGGAGUAGGGGGUAGAAGUUGAGUUCUUUCUUGCAACUCUUGGUCGGUGUUUAUUUUUAUAUUGUUUCUCAAUGUGGAUGUCCUCGGUUUGUAUAGUAUUCACUGCAAAACACCCUCUCCUUUAAUGCAUAUGCAUAAUGGCCUUCACAUUUCUGUAUAAUAAAUAUCAAUUAUUGGUU